AGCGAAGAUGGUGGCGCGCGUGGCGUGCUGCCCCCGGCCUCUACCUGUCUUUUCGCGGCGCGCGCUGGCGCUGGCGCCCAGGAGCGCGAACUCCGACGCGAGUCCCCGCCGGCUCUGACCCCGCGCCCCCGCGCGCCGCUUGCCUGGCCCGGCAUGCCCCGCGCCCGCAAGGGACACGCGCUCCGGAGGGGAGGACAGCGCCGAGGUGGGGGAGCUCGGAGCAGCACCCAGGCCGACUCUCCCUCCAGUGACGAUGAAGCGACGAGUGAAGUGUUGAGUCAUUACAGCAGUACGAGUGAGGGGGCUAGCGUUGCCGAGGAGAGCCUAGGCAACGAAGUAGUCGAUGAACAGGCCCAACAAGAGGAGCUGGAGGAGAAGCUCAAGGAGCGCAUUGACGAUGUGGCCGACAAGAGUGCCAAGACCAGGCAGGGUGCUUUGGAGAGCCUGCGCCUGGCAUUCUCCUCCCGGGUGCUCCUGGACUUCCUGCUGGAGCGGCGCCUCACCCUCACCGACUCCCUCGAAAAGUGCCUUAAGAAAGGGAAAGGAGAGGAACAGUCUCUUGCUGCAACUGUGCUGACCCUCCUGUGCCUUCAGCUGGGUUCGGGGCCGGAAGGGGAGGAGCUCUUCCGGAGCCUGCGGCCCCUGCUCAUCAGCAUCCUCACCGAUACCUCUGCCAAUCUUGGAGCGCGGCACAGUUGUGCCUCAGCCCUCGGGAUGUGCUGUUACAUCGCUGCUGCCGACGUGGAGGACCUCAUCUCCUGCCUAGCCUGCCUUGAGGGCAUCUUCACUGGGGCCUGUAGGGAGGAGUCCUCCUCAGCCCUGGCACCCCUCCAAGCCCUGCAUUGCUGUGCCCUCCAGGCCUGGGCCUUACUCCUCACAAUCUGCCCGGGCACCCACAUCAGCAGGGUUCUGGACAGCCAGCUGCCCCUGCUGCCCCAGCUCCUCUCCAGCGACAGCGUUCACCUUCGCAUCGCAGCCGGGGAGACGAUCGCCUUGCUCUUUGAGUUGGGCCGAGACCUAGAGGAGGACUUCCUGUAUGAGGACACCGAUAGCCUGUGCAGCACCCUCCGAGCCCUGGCCACGGACAGCAACAAAUACCGGGCCAAGGCCGAUCGCCGCAAACAGCGCUCCAUCUUCCGGGACGUGCUGCACUUCAUUGAGACUGGAGAGUGUCAGGAAGAGACAAUCAAGUUUGGGCUGGAAUGUAUGUAUGUGGACAGCUGGGUGCGACGCCGGACGUAUGCAGCAUUUAAGGAGACCUUGGGCUCUGGGGUCCUCCACCACCUCCAGAACAAUGAACUUCUUCGAGACAUCUUUGACUUGGGGCCGGUGCUAGUGCUGGACGCUGCGGCCAUGAAAGCCAGCAAGAUUUCCCGCUUUGAGAAGCACCUCUACAAUUCAGCUGCCUUCAAAGCCCGGACGAAAGCGCGUAGUCGUGUACGGGAUAAGCGCGCCGAUGUGCUCUGAGUGCCAGGCUCCCCCUGGCCUUGGGGCUGGGUGAGGAGGCUGCUCCCAGCCCAGUUUUUAUACAGAAAAACAAUGUCACAACGCUUUACAUCUUGUGGCCUGGCUCCCUGAGGGCCUGCGCUUUAUUUUUUUAAUGACAAAACCAAAUAAAGGUGUCAGGGUGGGAGGGCUGCCAGGAGCAGGGCUGCCCUGGUCUCUCCCCGACCCCCUGCCCUCAGCUCCCCUUUCCUCCAGCCCUCUUCCUUCAGUCCCAUCUCUCCUGCUGGGCCAGGUUUGAUUUGGGCCAUGGGAAGAUCGAUUACCUUCUGUGCCUGACUGUUCUCAGGGGAUGAGGUACUGAUGUCACAAUGAUGUCAAGGAAGGAGAGAAUGCAGAUUCCCAGACUGAGGAGGAAGUGGGGGGAAUCGUCUCUCCCUCUCCUCUGGGUGCUCUUCCCCCUGGAUUGACCAACCACUCCGUCUCCCUAGGAGAGAGCUGGAUGAUGUACCCGGAGAGGUCCCGUCACCUGGAGCGGUCCCUCCUCAGGCUGGGAUGCUCCUCCUCUUCCUCCUCCAGUCCAUAACACAUACUCAGUAUGGCCUCCACCCUCCCACACCUUGGCUAUGCUGGAGCGGGGAGGGAAGCAGGGAAGGGGGCUUUCUGGAAUGUACGUAUGUGUUGAUUUUAUAAGAAGAUUAAUAUUAGAGAUGAUUAAAUGAGAGCAUACCUUGGCUUCCA